AUGCCUCUUCAGGGGACAUACGAUGUAAAGCUUGGGCAAAGCUUCACCAAUCCCUCACAAAACGGUUUCAUUACUAUGAGAUGUGACUUUCUGCCCGCUUCAGUUGAUCGGGACCAGCCUGGUCAGAUUAAAAUCACCAACGACAAAGAUGUGGACGUACGAUUACCCAACGUGCCUAGUGCAGAUCACCAAUCGACUCUUUUUAAAGGGACUCUCCGUCCGGCUCCGAAAGAGUGUGUUCUCAUUUUCAACAGAGCGACUGGGGAAAUGACACUAGAACGCAUUUCGAAAUCUGCCCAAAUGAAAAACAUUCGAGAUAUUCCGCCUUCUAAAAAGCAACCCGAAUCCCAAGCUCAAAAUCCCACCUCCCAGCGUCAAUCUUCUGUAUGUAAAACGAAAGUAAGAUCCAUAUCCGAAUCGAGCUCUGAUUCUGAUAGACGUCAUCCUACCAACAAAUCACGUCCUUCGAUAGCGCAAAAAACCCCUGCUCAAUCUUCCAAUGCUGCAGCGCUUCCUCCUCUUUCUUCCUCUUCUUCAUCUGGCUCGUCAAACUCCUCUUCCUCUCUCAACAUCCAUGAGGCUGGAAAAUCUCUGAAUCCUAAUCAACAACGUUCUCAGGUGCCGUAUAAUGCUGAAUCUAGCAUUUCUAGUUUGAGUGAUUUGAGUGACGAUGAGGGUGUACCAGUAAAGCCACAGAAUACCAAUCCUGCCUCUGCUCCUCAUCCUCCUACGCCGAAUGCAACAGCAGCGUCUGUACAAAAAGCCCUUAUGGAACAUGCUCUGCAUCUCAGUGAUUCGAAUGAUUCUGAUGAUGGUGAUUCUCUCUCUUAG